AUGCCGUCGCCGUUGCCCCAUCUCAUCGUGCGCCGCACAGCGGUAAAGCAGACGCCUCUUACGCCAGCCCGAAACAUCUCGGCCAUUCGAUCAGCCUUGCUUCGCGGCGACAGAGUUGUGACUCUUCACAACACCAGCAGAAUCCUUCCGGAGCACGUUGACAACAUCAGGGUCCCCUAUCAUCCAAAGCACAUGCAACAUGAUCAGCUAUUCGAAUGGCCUUUUGGUGACCAGUAUGGCGAUUCCCGUAGCAGCCACUCAUAUCAACCAAGACAGGUCGGCCAAUUUAUUGAUCUCUUAGAAUGGGAUGGCUUCAGACUCGAAUGGAUCAAAGUGCUCGGCCAAGGCGGCUUCGGCAUAGCUACGCUUUGGCACGUCAUCUUUGAAGACCACAGCCACAUCAAAGUUGUCAUCAAGAUACCUGUCCGUGUGAACGCUGACUUUGAUAGCGAGCUAGACUGGCAUCUGAGAUAUGGGGGCGCUUCUCACGUUACUCAAUCUCUAGACAUACAAGCAAUGGCUGACAGCGUUAGGCGUAGGAUCAACAGGGGCCACAUGAUAGGCCGAGGGGCGCGAUUUGUGCAAACUAACAUGAGUGUUCUUGUUCUAGAGUAUGCAGAGCAUGGGAGCCUUUACGAGAUGUUGGCCAAGGCUUCGUAUUUUGACAUUAGCUUUUCGAACAAGGUACUGUGGGAGAUUUGGGAAUGCUUGGUGAAAGGCGUUAUAUCGACGGCAUUGCAACCAGACGCAUCACAGCGAUGGGGGGUGGAUGGCCUCGAUAAGGUACUGGACUCGCUGGACGAUGUUCAAAAUAUUGAUGAACUCCUUAGGGUCUGUACAUUAAUUGACAGUCAUGAUGUGCACUUUGAUCUGGAAGAGCAAAACAUUCUCGUUUCUGAAGAUGCUCAGCAUUCACACCAUCCUAUUUUCAAGCUUCACGAUUUCGGAGAAUUCAGCAAAAGGAUGAGGGAGUGCUGGCAACACUGGAAAGAAGCUGACUACUGGAAAGUGAGAAAGUGUCCCAAAUCCAACCGCACUCCUCCGGAAACGAUUUCAAAAGAUUGGGACAAGGUUGAUCUAAGUAAUCCGGGCCCAGUAUCAAGAUUCACCGGUGAAUCCUUUGAUCCUCAGCAUAAUGAAGUCGCAGGACGAUAUGGUACUUGGACAAACAUCUUUAUGAUAGCUAAAAUUAUGGAAGCCGUCAUCACAAAGAACUGGGUAGGACACCCAAUGACCACGAUGAGCUACACGGCUCAAGACAGAAGAUGUAUAGGCGGCUCUUACGGCUGGCGCAUAUGCAGACAGAGAUAUGACUACAUCGAGGCGGAGCUUCUCGAUCUCAUCAUUCAGUGCCAGUACGAGAAACCGGCGGACCGCCCCCAACUGGCCUAUCUGCUGAGGAAGAUUUGCGACCGCAAACAUCGUGGUUUCCCAGAGUCUGAUGAUGAGACGCGCAGCUUCUGGGAUGACUUUUGGGCACGUACAAAAACCAAUCCAAUUCCUUUCUCACAGGCUUCCAUAGUUGAGAUUCCAGGUCUAGAGAAUUAUGGCAACAACGGAUUGCCCAUUGCUCAAGCGACGAACCGCAAUAUUCCGCCGUCACUAUAUGCACAGGCCGGGAAUCCGCCCAUCACGAAUGUAGCCGCUCUGCGACGCAAAAGCCACCGAUCACCACUCAUUGUAUCUUCCGCAGAUUCAUCUACAAAUCAUCGUUACCCACGGACGGGGAGAGCUAAUCCAGCAGUCGCUACACGUGUGCCCUCUCUGCGACGCAAAAGCCAUCGGUCGCCACUCAGUGCGUCUUCUGCAGAUUCAUCUACAAAUCUUCACCCGCAAGCAGCUUUGGCCCCCGGCGCACGCAGGGCGAGAACUAAUCCAGGAGUUGUUACACGUGUACCCUCUCUGCGGCGCAAAAGCCAUCGAUCGCCACUCAGCGUAUCUUCGCCAGGAUCAUCUAUGUAUUUUAGCCACGAAAGACCUUCCAUGUUUGGCCAGACGACGGGAGCGGGCCCAGCAGCUAAUCUACAGACUCAACGAAGACGGCCAUCCUCCGGUGACGAUUCCGCAGGUGAAGGACCAUCAAGGGGAACGAGGAGGCAGAAACAUGUCCGGUUUGGCAGAUUCCCGGUGUCUACGGAUAGGACCGUAGUGGCCUCUCCUGGCAGUGAAAUGGAUAUCUCAAUAGGCGAUGGACCAGAAAGCAGAGGCAUGGCAAGUAUGAUGGACUUGGAUGAAGAUGAGGAUCAAAGCGGCGAAGCUAUGGAUGAAGAUGAAGAAGAUGAGCCUAUGGGUGAGAAUUCUUGGUGA